AUGACUUCCGAGAAUGAUUCCAAUACAUCUUCACCUUCCUCUGCAUCAUCGGCACCAUCGGCGACGACCUUUGAGCUUCAUCAUGCCAACGAAAUCUCUUCUCCUCCUCCGAAAAGAUCUCUUAAAAAACAAUUUUUUGAUAAUCAAACCAAACAAUUCUUUAAUGACCAAAGUAGAGCUUUUACAACCCGAAUACGGCCAGCCAGUAUUGUUGAAUCAUCUAAAAAGAAAGAAAAGAAGAAGCAGGAUGAUUACGUAUUGGAGGCAAGGCGAGUGAAAGAACAGCCAUUGAAGGAAACCACAAAAAACAUCAUUCAAGCACCGGCAAUGAAUGAAAGGCCAAUGUUGUUGGAAUUUGCAAGUGAAGAAGAAUUACAAUCCAUGAAGGAGAACGCUGAAGAAAAAUUUCAAAUUGAUCUUGACAAAUUGUUUGAAUUGGAUUAUGAAAUGCUUAUGAAAAGAUUUUCUACCAAUUCAUCGGAUGAAACCAAUGGUACUAUUGCGGAUACAACCCCAUUGACAACCACAAAUACUGAUUCUAAUUCUCAUGGCACAAAAAAAGACACAUCAUUUGCUACUAUUUUGGAAAAUAAUCAUGUCCAAGAUGUAGUGGAAUUUAUCGAUGCUCUUGUAUUACCAAUAUAUUCAACAGCUCUUAUUGAAUUUGGAAAGAAGAAUCUAUCCAUUAUUUUACAAUGGGAAUAUAUUUUGGACAAAUUAUUGUUAUCGAGCGAAGAUGAGGCAGUGUUCGAUUUUCCCCCAGCAAAAACAUCACUUCGAACUUUGGAGCAUAAUAUUACCGAUUAUUACAAGAUUGAAUCAAGAGGAAUGGAUGCUGAACCAAAUCGAAGAGUUCACAUCACUAGGAAAAAAUCAGAGUCAAGAAGACCUAUAAUUUUAUUGAGUGACGUCUUGAAUAACUCUGAACGUUAUCAACAAUUGCAACAACUUUUGAAAAAUCGUGCUGAAAAACUAGAAGCAUUGGCAGAGCAAAAAAAUAAGGAAAAACUUGAAAAAUUGUAUGCUUGUUCAGUUGAGGAAUCUGUAGACAACCACGGGUUCCAAUUGGUCACCCCAAAGAAAAAGUAUGCCAAGAAGAAGCAGCAAACAAAAAGUAGUGACCUGUUGCAAAAAUCAAGUGAAAGCAAGAAAAAUGCAACUGGCAAGCAAAAGGAAGUAUCCGCGACGUCCAUGCAAGGAAAUACGUUCUCUCUCUUGAAAAAUACCAAGUAA